CAAUCAAGGAAUCCAAACUUGCAUCAAGAUUUUUGCAUAGGUCUUCUUCAAGUCGACAUAUUUUACGGUUCAAAUAAUAUACUACUGCAGAACCUGCUGAACAAAGGUUGAGAAAUGAGUACAUCCAUCCUUUUGUGUAGUUCCACUCCAACUGGCCUUCGUAGGAGUGGAGGUUUCACACUGAAUCGCCCUUUGGACUUGGCUAUCUUAGCUCAGAAAAGGUCCCUCUUUUUUGCGGGUUGCCAGAGCUUGAUUCAUCCAAGCCAUGGAGUGCAAAUAAUGAACAAGAGCAACAGGAAAUUCGCAGUAUUCAACAGUGUUCAACCUUCAGGACCCCCUUCUUCAGGUUCCUGGAAUGGAUGGAUUCUGGGGGCAGUUUUAACAUUCGUUUUGCCCUUCUUGACUAACAAAUGGGGGCCAUUGUUGAAAAUCAAAAAUGAAUUUGAGACUGCAGUACAGACGGUGGAGAACGUAGUGGACGCUGUAGAAAAGGUGGCGGAGCAAGUGGAAAAGGUGGCGGAAGAUAUAGCCGAAGGCCUUCCAGCUGGAAAACUUAAAAAUGCUGUUACCUUCAUUGAAAAUGUAGCUGAUCAGAUUGAUGAUACAGCAGAAGUGGUUGGUGAUGCCAUUGAUAAGGUUCAAGAAGUUGAAGAACAGGUGGAAUCAGCUGUUGAAUCAGCCCUUGAUGGAGAAAAAGAAGCCAUCCCUGAUGAAGCAAAGGAGCCUGCCAAAGAAGUGAAAGCUGAGACUUGAACACUUAGAAAGAAAUGACACAUGCACCAAAUUAAUUAAUUAAUUAGCCUGUAAAUGUUGACGGAAAUAAUUCAUGAAUUACUAUCAAAAUUUGUUUAUUGUUUGCAACAGGGGUUUUCGUCCUUGUUAACCCUAUUGAUUAUGCACAUUUU